UUUAACACAGUACUGAGAACAUUUAUCGUAUGCAGUCUACUCCCACAAUUUUUUUUUUUGAGGGAAGGGAUACGGAAACAAUAAAGAGACGAAAAGGAAAAGAAAACAUAGAAAAGAAAAGUAGUUUGUAACCUAACUUUCCAAAUUCCAAUCCGUAGAAUUUGCUGCGAUUGCAAGAAAAUUUCCAUCUCUUUCUGCUUAAUCCCUAAUAAAGAUUACAGUUUUCAGAUUCCAGUUUGUUUUCUAUCUAAAAAGCUGGAUUUCAGAUAUCGUAUUUGCAGCAUCUACUGAAGUUACUUUUGGAGGAAAUUCCAGAUAUUGAAGGUUUGUGUAGGACUAAUUUUACUUUGUGUAGGGGACAAAUCUAAAUCAAAUAUGGCAGUUGUGUUGAAGGCACCUGUGCCAUUAUCGAUGCAAUUGCAUGGUGAGACAGUCCGAUGCAAGGGGACAAAUUAUUUGUGCUUAGACAUUAGUAGAGGAAAUCGUUCUCGGGGUUUUCGCUCAAUUGUUGCUGCUAGUCCUCCUACAGAAGAUUCUGUGGUUGCUGCAGACCCUCUCACUAAAGAGGAUCUUGUCAAUUAUCUUGCAUCUGGAUGUAAACCUAAACAGAAAUGGAGAAUAGGCACAGAACAUGAGAAGUUCGGUUUCGAAAUCGACACUUUACGCCCCAUGAAAUAUGAACAGAUUGCUGAGUUGCUCAAUGGUAUUGCUGAGAGAUUUGACUGGGAUAAAGUAAUGGAGGGUGACUAUAUCAUUGGACUUAAGCAGGGGAAUCAAAACAUAUCACUGGAACCUGGGGGUCAGUUUGAACUUAGUGGUGCUCCUCUUGAAACAUUGCAUCAAACUUGUGCGGAAGUUAACUCGCAUCUGUACCAGGUCAAAGCUGUUGCAGAAGAAAUGGGAAUUGGAUUUUUAGGGAUUGGUUUCCAGCCCAAAUGGGGACUAAAGGACAUCCCUAUAAUGCCCAAGGGAAGAUAUGAGAUUAUGAGGAACUACAUGCCGAAAGUUGGCACACUUGGACUUGAUAUGAUGUUCAGGACUUGUACAGUGCAGGUGAACUUGGAUUUUAGUUCUGAAGCUGACAUGAUCAGAAAAUUUCGUGCUGCUCUUGCACUUCAACCUAUAGCAACAGCCCUAUUUGCAAAUUCACCUUUCAAGGAAGGGAAGCCCAAUGGUUAUCUCAGUAUGAGGAGCCAUAUUUGGUCUGAUACGGAUAAAAAUCGUACUGGGAUGCUUCCAUUUGUUUUCGACGACUCCUUCGGGUUUGAGCAGUAUGUGGAUUAUGCCCUCGAUGUUCCUAUGUACUUUGUUUAUCGGAACAAAAGUUAUGUUGACUGCAGUGGCUUGUCCUUCCGGGACUUCAUUGACGGGAAACUUACAGUCCUCCCUGGUGAGUUCCCGACACUAAAUGAUUGGGAGAAUCAUCUUACAACUAUAUUCCCGGAGGUCAGGUUGAAGAGAUAUAUGGAGAUGAGAGGGGCUGAUGGGGGACCAUGGAGGAGAUUGUGUGCUUUACCUGCAUUUUGGGUGGGUUUAUUAUACGAUGAGGACUCCUUGCAAAGUGUCUUAGACAUGACAUUUGAUUGGACCGUAGAAGAAAGGGAGAUGCUGAGAAAUAAGGUACCAAAACUUGGUCUCAAGACUCCAUUUCGGGAUGGCUAUGUGAAACAUAUAGCAGAGGAGGUUCUGAAAUUGGCAAAGGAUGGUUUAGAAAGAAGGGGCUUUAAGGAGAUUGGGUUCUUAAAUGAAGUGGCUGAAGUGGUCAGAACAGGUGUGACCCCAGCUGAGAGACUAUUGGAGAUGUACCAUGGAAAGUGGGGCCAAAAUGUGGAUCCUGUAUUCGAAGAGCUGCUCUAUUAAGGAGAACAUUGGAUUUCAUGGGCAAACUAAACAUAACCAUAGUGUGUACUCUUAUGCUGAUUGGAGCGGAUGUGAAAUUUUCAACUGCUAAAGAGAAACUUGAGGCAGAUUCAGAGACAUAGAUCUCCAAUAAAUGAAUUGUCUGAGGUGCCAAAUAUUUGUUCUUGUAAUGUUGACCCGCCUAUCCUUAACCAUGACUGACCUGCAUUACUGACUUGCUGGUGAUAUUACUAUGAAACUAUUGAUUGUCAAUCAGUUUCUUUUUGAGGUUAUAUAAUCUGUUUUGUAA